GGAAGGGGGGCAGAGGAUCUCCUCCUCCACCACGGCGCCCGGUGAAAGUCUCCCCUGUGCCCCACCUACUGUUGGGCAUGGGAAGGCAAAUGUGGAUGCCACGAGUCCGUACGGCUGUACAGAGCCCUUUCAAAACCCCUACUAAAAUCAUUUUCUGCAGUGUUCCCGGGCUGUUGUCUAAGGAGGAUGUGCCCGGGUUUGAUUUUUUGUUUGUGUUGAAAGAGCUGCCAGGCCCGAAGCUGAGAAGGCAAGUUUUCCAUCUGCUCUGGAGGGAAGCCUUCUUGUGUGUUCUGACAGCUAUCAAAUAUAGUGGGGUGUGAACCGAAGUAACUGCUUGGGAAUCUGCCAGUUAACUUGUUGAUAUAAAUAGGCAUGUAAAAUGUCUGGAGUGUAGACAUUUUUUGGGGGAAAAGAUCUAUAAAUAUCUCUGCCCUGACUGAUCAUGCUUUACUCCCUAAAGACUGUGGGGUAUAUAACACGUACCUUCUCUGUUUGGUGUAUUUAUAACAUUUAGAUGUAUAACUACCUUGGUUUUAUUGAAUUAGUAUUUAUGAAUGUAUCCAGAGAUGGAGCUGCAAGCUGCUGUGUUCCCUGAGAGCUUAAGGAGUCGGAUUGCUGCCUUGAUAGACUCUAAUCAGCAUCUUCUGUCCUCUGCCUUCAGUUCCUCCCUAUCUUUCCAUUUCGAGUUAGAUGAGCUUCUCAGCUCGUUAGCUGGCCUGUGUGCUUGGUGGCAGAGAAACCUUAAGAUCCCAGCCGCUCCUGUCCCUUCGCACCACCCCACCCCUUUCUCCUGUUCCCUGAGUUGUUUUGAGGCUGCUGUUGUGACUCCGGAAGAGCAGCGGCUGAGAUGCUUUGAGGGAUGGUCAGGGGAAACCAGUCCGGUCUCAGAUUUCCUCCUGCAGUGACUUAUCCUCGGAAAGCCGAAAAUCUACCAUAGCCUUCAGUCUCUGAGACAUGUUUUGAAAGUGUUUCUUGAUUUUACUCAGUUGGGAAAACUUUACAAACAUAAACAGAAAGUUGAAGUUCGAGGAUAUUCGGUUACACUUUGUAAUGGAAGAGUGUUAUUUACAGACUGCAGCCCUAUGUACUGGACUUGAGCAUCCAGCAGUUUCCAGUCAAGCACCCUUCCAGGUUUCACAGGACUCUGUGAAAAUGCUUUUAACGUGUCUGUUCUUGGGCUAAGAACUAACAAGCAGCACUGAAUACUGGACCAGUCCAGCAAUAUAUUAUAUCAGCAUCCAUUCAGGAGCACACUAAAGCCUGGGGAGCUGUGCUGUGCACUAGUUUAUGGAGGCACAAUCACACGAUCCUUCAGUUCGCUAGCAGAUCUUCAAGUGCAUUCAGAUUUGGUUUUGAUCCACCUUGGAGGAGGCCUGCCAUACUUGGGAUAACUCCCUGCUACUCAGCCUGUUUUAUUAUGACUCUGAAGCACUUCCGUAGUCUCCACUUUUCAAAGUCCCACAUAGAAAAGGAACCUUCUACAUACCUCUCAUGAGUGUCUGCUGCAUGUAACUCAUACAAAUGUUUUAAGUAAAUAAAUAGAAAUUCAUGGCCUAAUGCUUUGUUUUUACUGGAGUGUUAUAAUAUCAGAUUUCGGACUUUCCCCAGAUCCUGGCUGUUCAGGAUGUUAUGGUAUGUUUGAUGCCAUUAUAGUUGGCAGUCUUGCUCUCAGAUGUGCCAGGACAAUUGAGAGAGUCAGUCUGCAGCACUGUAAUCCUAAGAAGGGGUCUUCUUUCUUCCAAAUCAAGACAGUCUUUGCAACAGUUUGCAGUUACGUCUCCAUCUGUGCAAAAAGCAGCCUCCAUUUAAGAAGCUGUGGAUCAGAUACCUUUUUGGAACUAAAACUAAAAAUGCACAAAACAGUAAACUUUUGUAUCUGUCCUGCAAUUUUAUUUAUAUUUGGUGAGAUGGUGUAUCUUGUUUCUUUCAUCCUUUAUGUCAAGGAUACAUGUGCAAAAAUAAUUGUGGGCAGAGAAGCCGAAAGAAUUGCUUGAAAUGACAGGCUGGGAAAAUGACUCACUGGGAAGUUUCCCAUGAUAGACACUCCAGCCUCCUUUUCUAAGUAGCGAGUCUAAAUGAAAGCAUCAUGAGGGCAGUACAUACAUUUUAUGGAGAUUUGGUACUGCAUUUAUGAGAGCAGCUUAUCCAGCAAAGGAGUCUUACUGUAAUUUAAGCAGUAGGCAAAGUACUUGAUGUCAGUUUUUAAAAACCUCCAUUUUCUGUAGAACAGUCAGAAAACUUGUUUAUUGUUCCCUUAACAACUUAUAAUCUGCCUUGAGUGUGUGUUCAUGCACAGAAAUGGGGUUUAGGUUAAAAACCAAUCCUUGGUGCAGAGCUGCUGGCAAAAAAGUGAUCCGGAAAGUUGAGAAAGCAUUAUUCCUUCAUUUAUUUGACCCUCCCGUUUCAUUAUCAUUUGGAACUCACUGUGGACUUGCUCCUAAGUGUGAGACUGUUACUGCUGACCUUUGAUGUAUUGGUGAAUGCUUAAUAAGCAUUGCUGGCAACUCCCACUGCCUGCCUGUGUUUUAAAGGAUGUUACUUUUUCCUGCAGUGCCAGGGAGAGCGUGUGCUUGCUUUCAGCUCUUCUGAAGGCAUUUUAGCCGAACAUUCUGUGCAGAAGGACAGGUUCUGGGUUAAUCAGUUGAUUUCUAGAUUUGUCCAAAGGUAAUCUUCUGCAGGUAGAGAAAAUGGAAGGCAACAACCAGCUUUGCAUUCAGCGUUGGACUACAAGGCAUGUGGCCAAGUGGCUGAAGGAAGAAGGCUUUUGCGAAUAUGUGGACAUUUUGUGCGAUAAACACAGACUGGAUGGGAUUACACUACUGACCCUGACAGAGUAUGACUUGAGAUCUCCGCCUCUGGAAAUCAAGGUCCUGGGGGAUAUCAAAAGGCUCAUGCUGUCGAUACGCAAGCUGCAGAAGCACCAUCUGGACGCUUUGGAAGAGCUCGGGUAUGGCAGCGACAGUCCCAUUGGUCCCCUGUCUCCGGUGAUCGGCUCUCUCCAAGGAACAGACUGGUUUUGCAACGGCGAAGUGCAGCGGGAUUGUGACGACUGUGAGCCUGUGGCUGACUUGAAUGCUGAACAGUAUCAGUAUGCAAACGGGAAAAACAAACAUUCUGUACGGAGACUGAACCCGGAGUACUGGAAGACCGCGUUGAGCUGCAUCUAUGUUUUCAUUGUGUUUGGCUUCACGUCAUUUGUCAUGGUCAUCGUGCACGAGAGAGUCCCCGACAUGCAGACCUAUCCACCACUUCCAGACAUUUUCUUAGACAGUGUUCCUAGGAUACCAUGGGCUUUUGCCAUGACUGAAGUAUGCGGAGUGAUUCUCUGUUACAUCUGGUUGCUUGUUCUCCUCCUUCACAGACACAGAUCAAUCCUUUUACGACGCUUAUGCAGUCUUAUGGGUACUGUGUUCUUGUUGCGUUGUGUUACCAUGUUUGUGACCUCACUGUCUGUGCCAGGCCAACAUUUGCAAUGUUCUGGAAAGCUAUAUGGCAACGUGUGGGCAAAACUCCAGCGCGCCUUUGCCAUUUGGAGUGGGUUUGGCAUGACGCUCACAGGAGUACAUACCUGCGGAGACUACAUGUUCAGCGGCCACACAGUCGUCCUGACUAUGCUAAACUUCUUCGUCACUGAAUAUACACCAAGAAGCUGGAACUUCUUGCACACUCUGUCCUGGGUACUGAACCUCUUUGGAAUCUUCUUCAUUUUGGCGGCCCAUGAACAUUACUCCAUUGAUGUCUUCAUUGCCUUCUACAUCACCACAAGACUGUUUUUGUACUACCACACACUGGCUAACACAAGAGCCUAUCAACAGAGCCGGAGGGCCAGGAUCUGGUUUCCCAUGUUCUCCUUUUUUGAAUGCAAUGUAAAUGGCACAGUUCCAAACGAGUAUUGCUGGCCCUUCUCCAAACCAACUAUAAUGAAAAGAUUAAUUGGCUAAAGAGUCCUGGAUUUAAUUCACAUCUGGGUGAAGUAUUUAUGACGAACUUUCUCCAAGAAGAUCUGGACGAAAAUGGUUUCUCUUGUCCACGUGACCACCUUGGGCCUUGCGUGUUCUCUCUCAGCCGCAAGGCUAAGAGAUGCACAGUUGCCAUUUUCUUAAAUAUGCAGCAGAGUUGCAAGGAAGUUCUGCAUGAAAGUUAUAACUUGUUUACUUGGAAGAUUUCAAAUUGUGCUUUAGUGAGGGAAUGACUUUGGAUUGGUUAACAUCAAAUGCCACCUACUUAGCUAUUGUGUCUCAAACAAACACUAACACACCAAGUGUUAUACUUCUAAAAUAACUGUCAAAGGGGAAUAGGAUGUUUGUGGGGAGGGAAACAUUCACCCAAUGAAAACAGCCCCAAAAGCUUUAGUAUGAGAAAUACGUGGUGUGUAUGGAAGGGGCAAAGUAAUGGGCUCGAAGAGGUGUCAGAACACCUCUAAAUAAGGCUUUGUUGGCUUGAAAUUCCGAACAGGGCUUUUGUGAUUUGGAAUAAAGUCCACCAUGCUGUUCUGCAUGUACAGGAUUUCCUUGUUUACGUUUCAGUAAAUUGGUAAAGAAAUACGUUCUCUCUCUCAAAAUGUCGACACGGUUUUAGUGCCACAACUCUUUCCUUACAGUAUUAAACACGUACAUUUGUGCCUGCUUUUUAAAUGCUGGUCCUAGAAAAAUAAUACGAUGACGACGACAACAACAACAACAACAACAACAGUAGUAAUAGUGUCCAAAGAGGUAAGGUCCCACUGAACAAAGGCAAGGUGUGGUGUUUUGAUUUUGUUAAAGGAAAUAUUGAAAUAUUUUUGAAUUGCUCUCAUUUGUUCUCUCCCCUUCGUUAGACUACUCAAAUGCAUCUUACUCAGCUCCUUGUAGCAUGGAAAGAUUUUGAAACUUUGUUGACUGAGAAAUUUAUUUUCAAUAAACACUUAUUCUGAGUUUUUUCUAAUAAGUAAAAACGAUCUUAAUCAGCUUAACAUUGAUGGUGAGUAUCACUUUCACUUUCUUCGAAAACUCUUCUCAUCAUUGCUAAAAGAAUAAUGAGUAGAGCUGGAGCUUAAAGUAUUAGCAGUCUUGCAGUCAUAGCACAUGGCACUUAGCAAUCCUGCAGCCCCUGUAUUUUCCAGUGAAGUCUCGCUUUUAUAAUACUUACCCAAAACUUCUAAACCGUAUUUUAAUUGGAAAUUGUACCUGAAAUGCUUGGACAUGGCAAAGCUUAUUAGCACAUUGCUUCAAGUGUGAGUUCAGAUUGCACGAGUUCAAAACAGGCAGUGUGUGCCAGGGGCUUCGUUCGAAAUUGGCAUUCAGGUUUUUCAAGUCCAACACGAGUCUCAUUCUCCAGCCACGCCAUCUGUGCGGACCAGUUAAAUGUAUAAAUCUGGCGUUCAAAGUUGUGCACAAUAGAUUCCUCACUCCAUUAUUAAAGAAACAAUGCUGUAUGUGACUCUCCUGUAACACACCCGCCUUGCGUGGCAAAAGCCACUCAGGUAAUUACAGUGAAUGUUCAGGUGGAGACUUCGUGUCACUCCCUUUCCAGGUCCUUUUGCUGGCAAGCGAACCGAGCCAACCCCGCAAAGCACAUUCUUCUCUCACACACGGGAAUGAGAACUGAUUCAGAAGAGGAGUUAAGAGCACCUGCAUUCUCACUGGUGUUUUUAGAAUGGGAGAGGCAGUGCAGGCAUUUCUUUCUGCCUUAAGUGCAGCAAGUGUUGCUGUACACGGACUGCUGAUAAUUGCAGCAGAAAUGCACAGACCGUUACUUUGAACAGUAUUCAAGAAAUGUUUUCAGAAAUACGUUGAACUAGAAAUACAUGUAGUGAACAUGCACAUCUACACAUUAGGUGUAUUUGCAGCUAGAGCAUUGUAUAGCUUCUAGCUAUAUUUAAUCUUGUCACAAUAACACUGUAUUUAUUUGAAAUGACCACUUCAGUAUCUCUCUGUGCCACUGCAAAGGGGAAAAAAUACCUGUAUCAGAGCAUGCCUUAUUCUGCAUCAGUUGCAAUAUAGAGUGGGGCCAACACCCCGCAACUGAAGACACGUCGUAAAUCCAUUUAUCUGUGGAUAAAUUAGGUAGAAGGUAGUCUGCCUGUAUAGCCAAAUGUACCAUUUCUUAAUCACCCAGACAGAAGUAGCCUCUUAAAGGCUUUUACCAUUUGCAGUGGUAGAAUUCCUGCAAAUGCUUUUCUUGCAUUUUGAACAGGAUAGUGUUCCUUUCUGGACAAUACUUGAGUGGCACACACCCUCACAUUUAUUAGCGCUUUCCUUCAAAGAGAAAGACUUCUCAAAGCACAGGAUGUUGGUGGUUUAAAACAGAUUUUAGUAAAAUGUCAUUGGGAAUUCCAGGCAGGGGCAGCUGCUCCCUUAAGUUUACAAUUCCUUUUGUAAAGGAAAAGAGCCCAUACCUACCAAAAGGCAUCAAGAGGUUUACAGUUCCGAUUUACAUUACAUUGCAAGCAGUAUUAGAUUGUCAGUUCCAGUUGAAACAAUGACGCCAAUCCAGGAAUUGUGUGAUAAAUAUAUUGGAAGUGGUGGGAGAUGACACAGUGGCUCCAUCCCUACAUAAUGGCAGCGGAGUGCAUCUGCCGUUUUGAGUAUAGCCCUUGCCAUCCGCCGAGCAAAAGUAAUUUUGAGGCAUGCAAACCUGGAUGGCUUGGGCUAAUUGUGGAUUAACAACCUAUAGUUAACCUAUAGUUAGUUCUAGGUUAACUGCAUCAUGUGUUGGAGGCUGCGGAUUGGUGGCGGCAUGUGCUGGGCCUUCAAACCAACAAAACGGGUUAAUUUGUUGCCAUUAUAUGCGACUGGGGCCUUUGUGAUCUGUGGAUGUUUACCUGGAGGCAAGCACCACUGGGGCCUAAUUUCAAUAUUGUGCAGGUGUCCAUUGACCACAUUGGUGAGAAGAAGCCUUGGGUUCAAUGGAACUUUGGUCACACAGAAUUUGCAUGAUAUAUUUAGCUCCACUUGGUGGAAGGAGAAGGGGUGCGGAGAAGAUUAACCAAAAGAAGCCUGGUUCUUCAGGUGGGAACUCAUUAUUUAAGCAUAAUAUGUAUGAAAUCUGUUCUUUUUCUUUCACAUAAUAGAAACAUCCUAACAGUCCUGUGGACUACAUUGCACUUUGACUUCUAAUUUUAAAAAUAGUCAUUAUAUGAAUUAUUGUACUUCAAAUAGUUACUAAUAUAUUCUUUACCUUGUCAUUUGAAGUUGAAUUGCACAUUUGUUCAAGAGAAGAUAAAGCUACUUUUCCAAAAGUUUUCUGCUGUGGAGUGUCUCAAAAUAGGGCAUUCCCGAUUGACACUUCUCCUUUUUACUUUAGAAAAGUAAAUAUAUCUUUCCCUAUCACUUAUUACUCAGUCUUCUUGGUUUGGAAUAUGUUGGUAGUUGGAAUUAAGAAGGUUUAGGAAAGCAGACAGAAUUUGGUGCUGAAAAUGGGAAGCUGAAGUAACUGGAGUGCUUUGUGUUCUUACACUUGGAAACCUUUGCUGUACACUUUUUCUUUAGUCUGAUAUAAUUUCCUUAUUUACUCGUGUGGGGUAUUUCUACCAGCUUUUGGUCCUGAACAUUGCCCUGCUUGAAACUUAGGAGGUGGUGAAAUAUGCUAAAGAACCAUUCAUAACACUAUAAUUUAUAAUUUGAUAAAUAUAUUUAAUGUGGGGGUUAUUGCUCUAAAACUCAAUGGGAAAUGAUUAACACACCCAUUACUCAGAAUCUGUCGUGUGCAACAGGCUGUUUCAAUCAAAAUAAGAAUGCGUGCGAAUUACACACACACUGAUCCCCCAGCUACUUAAAUAACCAAGUAACAUUGUUGAACUUGUGAGCCUGUUCAUUCCGUAAAGAAAAGUGUGUGCUAUAGUUACAAAGCUGUUGAAUUGUGUAACAUUUCAGUACUGUAAGGACAUUGUAAUGAUAGCGGGAUAUGUAUAAUCUUAAAACAGGACGUUUUUGAGUAGGAAACUGGAAGCAUUUAGACAACUUGUUUCUGGUCUGCCAAAAGGGGACUUGAUCUAGAAUAGGUCCCUGAGCCCAGUGAUCUGGAGAUGUUCCUAGGCCACUUUAGACCUCUGUGGGUAUAUCCAGGGUGACAUGGAGUCAGUGAUGCCACUGUACUAUAGAGGAGGCCUUUGUGCAUGCCCAGAGGUCUAACCUGGCCUGAGGAAGGCCUGCUGAAAGACAGACUGCUUGGUCCCACAGCCCUAUUUCCUCCAUCUUACAUUAAAUGAAUUAUGCACCUGCAUUUUACUCAGUGUAACCAGGGUGAGUGAAGAAUAGUAGUAGUUCUAAAGCAGUUGACUUGGUGCUUAACACUGACAUUUUGCUUUUAAUCUCUCCUCUGCCCCUAGAGAUUAUUGUAUUAUUUGAAGGUUUGAAUGUUCCUAUUGUGGAAAAGUUGGAAGCACAGAUGUUGUGUAAAUAAAGAUGGAUUUUGUUCAGAUUUGAACCCAAGUUUAAUUUAUAUUGUUUUGUAUGUGCUGUAUUAAACGAAUGAAACAUUACUUCGAAGAUGCAUUAAAAAGAAAUAAAUGACUAA